AUGAAAUACACCACCGCCCUCGUCUUUUCUCUGUCACUAUUCUCCUGCUCUGGACGGCAAGGGCAACGCAACGCCAUCGGCGAACCCGUUCUCCAAGAAGAACUAGCCACUAGAGACGCAAGCUUUCCCACCGGGGGAGGCAGCGCCCGUGUCGCCAAGCGCCAGUUGCCUAGCCCUGCAGCGUUCUGCCACAGCCGCUCCUACAACGGCAACGGCUACAACGACGCCCUGUACACGUUCGACCUGAUGUGCGACCUGGGCGUAGAGUACCCGACAUACUAUGCCGCCUUCAGGACCUCCGGCAACACUGUCGCAUACAUAUGCAAUUACGAGAACCAUAAUCGGUGCUGGAGAAGCGAGUUCGGCCAGGUCAAUGCCCUUUUGGACGCUAACUAUGAAAGACCAGUCUAA